AUGCAGGUGUUUGAGAAGAUGGGAGGCCGUGAAAGUGAUGCCAUUCUUGUUAAGCUAGACCUUGUUCUCUACAAUACAUUGAUUGAUGGACUUUGUAAGGUAGGGAGGCAAGAAGAAGGGUUUAAGUUGAUAGAAAAGAUGAGGCUGGAGAGUGGAUAUGAACCUAAUACUGUUACCUAUUGCUUGAUAGAUAGUUUCUGCAAAGCAAGCGAGACUGAGAGGUCAUAUGAGCUUUUUGACCAGAUGAAAAAGGGCGGGGUAGUGCCAAAUGUGAUUUCUCUGAAUACUUUGCUUGAUGGAAUGUGCAAGCAUGGGAAACCUGAUCGCUACACCUACAACACUUUGAUAUCAUAUUUCAGACAGAAGGAGCAAUUUACAACUGCCCAUAGAGUUAUGAAGAGGAUGAUUGAUGAUGGUUAUUUGCCUAAUGUUGUUGCAUAUGGAGCACUAAUUCAUGCAUAUUGUUUAGGUGGAAAUGUUGAUGAAGCUAUAAAAAUAUUCCAGAAUAUGUGUUCUACAAAUAUGCCACCAAAUACUAUCAUAUACAAUACUUUGAUCGACGCUCUCUGCAAGAGUGACAAAGUAGAAACUAGUGUUUCUUUGUUGUGUGAUAUGAAGGACAAAGGGGAAAUUGAAGAUGAUAAUGCUCUGCGUACGCCCGAUCCGAGCAAGGUCCUCGAAGAAGAUCCCUUUAGGGAUUUUUUUGCUGAGGUCGAUGAUGCUGCCGACCUUAAUGAUGCAUCCAACCUCUUUGAAGAGGCUCAGCAUCUCUUCUCUUGGGCCAUUAUCAAGUUCAGGGCCGAGCUAAGCCAAUGUGAGGCCAAGCUUAAGAAAGCUUCGAGUGAAGAGAAGGUCUUGAGGCUCCUAUGUAGCCAAAAAGAGCAAGAGCUCAAGGAUCUUCAAGCUGAUUUGGCCAAAGCUCAAAAAAUGAGACUGAGCUAG